AUGGUAGAACUCAAGCUGCUGGAGUUUAUCGAAUUGACGGGAUGUCAGCCAGGCGGCCACCAUGCAGGAUAUGUCCAGCAGGUAGCAUGCCGGGAUGCAGAUGCGUUGAACGGAGCCCCCGUGGGAGGAAAUGAUGGCUCCAUUGUUGCCGGAGAUGCUGUUGACCUCCGGCUCCAGCUGGGGCGGGGGCACGACGGCGCCGACGAAUUCAGGGUCGUGCUGCUGCCCGCGCAAGACCUCGUCAGCGGCGACGGAAACCUCUAUGGCCAGCUUGACGUGUUGUGCGGGUAUGAGAUUGUUAAGAAAAUAAAGAGUGCAAAGUACUUCUCUUUCAUACUUGAUUGUACCCCAGAUGCAAGCUAUCAAGAACAAAUGUCUAUAAUCAUAAGAUAUGUUGAUUCAUCUUCUAGUCAUGUUUGCAUAGAAGAAUCCUUUCUAGGAUUUUUAGAUGUAAAUGAUACGACUGGGCAAGGGCUUUUUGAAGUGCUAGAGAAUGAACUAAAGCUUCUUGAUCUUGACAUAGUUGAUGUGAGAGGACAAGGAUAUGAUAACGGGUCAAAUAUGAAAGGAAACCAGCAAGGUGUCCAAAGGAGACUUUUGAAUGUAAAUCCUAGAGCAUUCUAUUCUGCUUGUGGUUGUCAUAGCCUUAAUUUGACACUUUGUGAUAUGGCUAAGACUUGCGGUAAAGCUAAAGACUUCUUUGGAAUCAUCCAGCGCAUAUAUACGACUUUUGCUAAUUCUACUAAGAAAUGGCAGAUUCUGAAAAAUAACAUAACAGGAUUAACUCCCAAGUCAGUGUCAGCUACACGCUGGGAGAGUCGUGUUGACAGUGUUAAAGCUAUUCGACUUCAAUCUGAAGACAUUCGGGAGGCCCUACUUCAAGUAUCUGAGACUGAUAAUGAUACAAAAACGAGCAGUGAGGCUAAAAGUUUGGCAAAUAAUGAACUUGGAGAACAUGAAAUUAUAGUGGCGAUAGUCAUUUGGUAUGAGGUAUUGUAUGCUGUUAAUUUAGUAAGCAAACACUUGCAAGCAAAGGAUAUGCUUAUUGAUGUUGCUAUUGAGAAAGUGCAAGGAUUGCUUUCUUUCUUCAAGGGUUACAGGGACACUGGUUUUUUAGAAGCAUUGGAGAUUGCCAAAGUAAUUGCACUUGAGAUGGAUAUUGGUACAACAUUUCGUAAAAGACAAGAAAUUAAAAGAAAGAGACAUUUUGAUGAGAACCCAGAUGAUGCAAAUGUUGCCACAUAG